GUUUCUUAUUCACUUUUGCCGCCAUAUAACAAACCAUAUUUCAUUUGAACAAUACUAGAGAAAGAAAACCAGAGAAAAAGCGUGGGAAAGUGAAAGAAACUCAGAGUGAGACAUGAAUGGUGAAUCCGAAAUUGGACUAUGAGUUGAAUAUGGUGGAUACUCUUGGUCACGCUGAUUUUUAGUGGUGAGAUGUCCUUCCUCCUAUGGACGAGGGAAUGGCGCAGGCAUUUGAUUUGUUGUCUCAGAUGGACACAUUUGAGACUGUCAUACCUGAUAUCAACGAAACAGUGAAUAUAUUAGCUGGAUUUAGGAGGUCUUUGCUCGAUGAGGGGUCUAUUUCUGAGCACACUCUACGAUGUUUGGAGAUUAUGGUCGAAAUUCCUAUGAAAAGGUCGGUUACAUCUUACCAAUAUCCCCAGGCUGACUGCCUUCCGAAGUACUAUCAUCUGUACUUGGAGGAUUUAGAGCGCAUGUGUACUCGAAUUGUCGAGAAGGCUAAAAAUCCAUUUAGACACAUGUCAGCUUUGGAGGCUGAUGUAACUCCCUUUAUGAACAAGCUAUCCGAACACAAUGUUGUGGGUUCAAUAUUCUUGAAAAAGCUUACUGCUGCGCGUGUGGCCUUUGACACUGGUGACCGAGAAUGCUUUCGAAGGCUUCUUGAUGCGCUGAACGCUGAUAUAAUAAUUCUUUUUCUUAAGCUUACUCCGUAUUUUAAGCUGGUGAAAAAGCUUAAACGAUGCCUAAGGUUCGAUGACCAAUUCCAAUUUGGUUUCGUUGCUAAUUCUAAUGUUGCAAAUGCUGUCCGUGUUUCCGACCGUGCGAUUAUACAGUGGUUUACACGGAUUUUAAUUGAGCUGUUGGAUUGAGUCACAGAAUUAUAUUUGACUGUUUGUGUACAUAUUGAUUUGAUGUAUAAUUUUUGAGUGGGAGAAUUAUAUCAGAUUUAAGCCAAUAUUCUAACUUUUCAGGAAAAGUCUGUUAUUACAAUUAGAGACAGCCAACCUUUCUUCUCUGUAUAGAUACUUGAUCCACAAUCCUUAGAUAUUAAGUGGUACAUUUUAUUUGUGUUGGAUGCGGACGAAAUUUUAGGUCUCAAAUACGUUUUUCAUUCAAAUGAACUGUAGAUUGAAGCAUGAAUCUCUGCCAUAUGUAGCAUCUUGAUUAUGAAAGUUAGAUAGUAGUAGUUUAUGCCCUUUC